AUGCCACCGAAAAAGCAUAAAAAGCCAGUGGACGCUCCACCGUCCCCAUCGCAAGUAGAUAUUGCAGAUUUACAGUCGAGCAAGUUCAAGCUUAUUGCGGAGCUUAUCGCCGAAACUGAUCAGAAUCUUCCUGAUGACGAAAUCGAUCAAGCUAUUGAAGAAUUCGCGAGUUCUGGAGACCAUUCCGAAUGGCAAGGAAUCGAGAAAGCGUUUCCUUAUCUUUGUUCCAUGGCUCGACGAUCAUCGACUUACGGAAAUUGGAGGAAGCGAUUCCAAGUUGUCGACUAUCUUCUUUCAUGUUUCCAAGAAUUGUAUACUGAUGUGUCCAGUAAUGUCGAGAACUACUUCGAUCAAAAAACGGAUUCAGAACCGGACGUUGAAAUCAUCCAUGCUGUCAGCAUGUUUGUGAUUCUAGCUUCGAAACUCAUCGUUCAACUCCAAUUGCAUGUGUCGAAAGUAACCGCUGAAAGUAAUCAAGGCAAACGAGGAGGUGGUAGAAGAGACCUAGAUGAAGAAACUGCCGAGUACUGUGCUCGCUGGAAGAACUACCAGAGAAACCGGAUUAUCGGCUGCCUCAUUCAACUUCUUGAGCUCCGCGUUGACACUGCCGGCGGUUUGAAGAAGAAAGCGAUCCAAUAUAUCUUCGCACCAGACGCCAUGGAAAAGGACUUCAUUGCACGCUUUAUGGAUACUGUAUCUCAAUUGCUUGAAGAUCCGGAGAACGCCGCACGUUCAAGUCAAGCAUGGAUUGUGUCUUACUUUGAGAUAUGGAAGGUUCUCGCAACAGAAUACCAAAUGGCACCUUGUAUGACUUUGGCAAAGCCUUCUGAGAAAAUUAAUUUGAUUACAGAUAUCGCCAACAGCAUUUUUGGAGAUACACUUGACCUGCCAUAUCUGGAGACAGCGAGUUCCUUUCCAUUCAUUGAGCCAAUCGUUCGCAUGAUGAAAGAUAACAGUGCUCCCGGAAGAAACAGAAUCAAUCAACCACUCCGUGCACUAUUGGAGAUGUGCGUAAGACGUGCAUGCUCUGUCUACUCUGGCGAUCGAGCUGAACAUCCCCCUCCAAAAGCAUUCUGCAUGAUCAUCCAGGCGCUCGCACUGCAUUGUCCGGACGUUAUGCUUCAAGAGGUUAACAAUGUGGUCCGACUACUCGAGAAUCCACAUGUCAACGUUCGGAUGGCCACCCUUCAAGCUUUAGCCGACAUGUUCGCAUCGCCGUAUUUGUCAAAAGAACUCUGUGAAGAAUUCAAGACCCGUAUCGACAAAAGAAAAAUCAUUUUCACCAGAUUAUGUGCUCAUGUAAUUGACGAAGGAACGAAUGUUCGCACGAAAUCCAUCUCACUUCUUCGAAGUCUAAUGGAGAAUCGGCGCAUUCCAGAAGAGUUCGAAAGUCUAGGAUUUUUGACAUUGGUUGCUGGACGUUUAAACGACAAGUCAGUGCAAGUCCGCAAGGCGGCCAUCCAAUUCUUGACUUCUUUCUUGGACAACAAUAGACAUGGACACGAUUUUUCAAAAGCUGUCCAUGUGAAUCUGAUGCAAGAAAAAAGGCUGGAACUACUACGUCUGAACACGCCGAAGUCACGAGCGAUUCAGCAAGCAGAAGACGAAUACAUGGCAAGAGACUUCCGACUGAAGACCGACAUCAGGCACGAACUCACGGGCAUUUUCAAAGGAGAAGUGUCCAUCAGUAGAGAAGACGAUAUAAUGUGGGUUUUUGAAGAUAAGCGUAGUAAUCAAUUUCGAAGCUAUUUCAGACCUCUCGCCAUCCUGUUAACGGAUUUAGAUCGUCCUGGAGUAGGCGCCGGUCUCGCUCGAUUCUAUGCGUCUCAAGAAAACUUCCCGUGCAAUGCCACCCGCCGGAAUGAUCUUCCAGAUCAUGGUUUGGAGUUGUUGGAUGAAGCAGUUAGGCACGUGCAUGAAUCCGGAAAGCUCGACUAUCAGCAGUUCAAGCUCCAAAUUCUUCGGAAUAACGACGACCAACUUCUGGAAGACGAGCAAGAAGCGAGGGAUCAUAAGCACAAAGUCCAGCAGUUGAGAGCGCAAAUGCAACAAUUGAUCAACAAAAUGUUGAUUGGACUUGAACUCGAGAAAGCUCUGACUAUUGCUCUUCGUUGUGUCUUGAUGGGAGAAACUGCUGAAAUCAAAGAGGGAAUCAAGUUCCUUACUCGUUGUAAACUGUUCGGGAUCGCUGGAGCGGAUGAUGCCAUGCGUUCCAUGUGCUCACUAGUCUGGCGACCACAUGCGGAUGUCCUCAAUGAACUUAUUGAAGCAGCCGAAGACAUGUUCAUCAGCAAAUUAGAGGGAGGCGAAAAAGCAGCUGAAAGAGACAAAUCUACAGUGGAAAACCUGAUGUCUGCAAUGGACGGAGUGGCAAAAGGAGAUCAAGCAUCAGUUGAAGAAGUCGUUUACCUUCUUGCCUCGAAGGAGUUGCCAAGUACGCUUGGUGAGAAGAAUAAUAAAGCACCACGAAAGAGGAGGCCAAUGGAGACCUCUGUCAUUAUUAAACUUUGGCAUAUCGCUCUAGACACUUCCAUUGGAAAUGACAACCGCAAAUUGGUGGCACUCAAGAUAUUGUUCCCGAUUUCAAGAACUGAGAAAGGUCUUCCGGAAGCACGUAGUAGACUACGGUCACUACAGAGAAAGCUAGAUGGGGAUCCAAAGAUUGCUGUGGCUGCUCUUCGAAUCAUCUCCAUUUUGGGAGGACAAACGGAACAAGAGAAGGAGGCUGACGCUUUCAAGCGUCCAAUUUUCAGAAUUCAUCAAGACGACUCAUUGUUCAAGUCUAUCGAAAAUUUCUUCUUCCGUGUAAAAAUAUUGUGUUUUGUAGAAGUCGUGAAAGCCGAUGACAGUCCUGAUCGAGAUUGGUUUGGCGUUGUUCGUUACACCGUACACAUUCUGCUCAACAUUUCUAUGGACGCUAACAUCAUGCUUCCAAGACUUGCCUCUCAUUUCUUGUAUCGUGCUAAGAGGAUCUCCGAGUUUUUCAUCUUCUACAGCAAGCAAGCAGAAGGACCCGUCGUCGAUCCAGUGAGAACUGAAGCCGCGAUCCGACGCAGAGACUAUUGGGGCUUGACAUGGUGUCGAGUGAUGGAGAAGCUUAUGGCGUUCAUUGGAGAAGUGGCCUCACAGGUUCACGCCUACACCCAAAUUACCAUUCCGCGUCUUCACACCAGAUAUAUUUCGAAAAUGAGAGAUGCUGAAAAAAGCGAUUCGAAACUACGAGAAGAGUCAGUUCGUUUCCUGACUGAUUUGGAGAAGUCAAUUGCUCAGAAGAAGACGAUUUUCGCACUUCCCCCACAAGACAAUACACAAGCAGCGACGACUGAUCAUUAUUUCUUCGUCAAGCUCCUUUGUGAUAAAAGACUCUUCAUUCCAAGCAAGCUUCUAGGAAGACUACUACCAAUUGUUGUAUAUGGAAUGCGAGUUAAGACUAUGCCCACUCGCAUUAAGCAAGCUGCAACAAUUGCUUUCGCAAAGUUCAUGCCACUCAGUAGUGAAAUUGCCUCGUUUGGUGCUCCAUCGUUCUUCGGCUCAAUGGUGAAUUCCAACCAUUCUCUCAUCAGAUGUAAUAUGAUUGCUUCGUGCUGUGAUUUCGCCUUUGCACAGCCAACAAUCUUCGAACUCUAUGCUCCCAAUCUAUUCAAAAUGUCGCAGGACAAGUCAGCAGAUGCUCGAGAAUCCGCUCUCUUGGUUCUCACCCAUCUCAUGUCCAACGAUAUGAUCCAGACCCGCGGAGUUCUCUCUGAAUCAGCCCGUUGCAUUUGCGAUACUGCUCGCCCUGUAAGAGAAGCGGCACAAUCACUCUUCAGAGAUCUGAAUGCACGCAGUGAGACUGUCGUUCAACUUCUUCCGGAAUUCUUGUAUCGUCUGUCGGUCACUUCGGAAAGACUGUCUAUGAAGCAGUACAAGACUGUGUUUGAAUUCCUGAUUGCACUUCUGAAGGAGAAGUCCAGAACAACAGAUCUGAUGAUCGAUCGAGUCUGUUUGAAGUUCUCGAAUAUUGAUAUGAACGACACUGAAGCUCCAAAGUAUCUUCUCAUUGCUCUCGCCAAAUUUGCCCAAAACGAAGGAGGCCUGGCCAGGCUCCACGAUAACUGGCGUCACUGGAGUAAGUUCCUGUGUCACUCACAAGUGGCCAGAGAGUACGUCCAAAUGAUUGAGCACAUGCAAAGCGUUUCGAAGAACGAAGACUACAAGAGUCAAUGCAGUGAACUGAUCGCCAGCAUCAAGAAGGUCAAUGAGGAAGGUUUGAGGAAGGAGGAUAUUACCGCAGCGCCCCAAGCUGCAAAGAAAAAGGGAAGAGGAAGAAAGGCGGCGGCAGCUGGUGCAGACACUCCGAGCACUUCUGCUGCUCGUACUCCGAGAAGAAAACGUGGUCCAACACCGUCAUAUGAAGAAUCGGAAUAUGGUGAACAAAUGGAAGAAGACGAAAGAGAAGAAGAGGAAGAAGAAGUAGAAGAAGUGUAUGAAGAAGCAGAAAUGGAAGAGGUACCAGAGGAGGAGGAGGACCCCGAAUACGAUUUUGAACAGUAA